ACAUUAAAGGCCGCCUUACUGUUUUUGUCUCUGUAUGAUAAAGAGGUUAAUGGUCCUAUUUGCACAACAUUUUCCAGUGGACGAGGACGAGGAUGUAAUGAUUUCGGGCAGAAAGAAGUAUAGUAAAUACUCGCGAAAUUAUUGUCAUGUUACCAUCAGUGGGUGUAUUUGGUGGAGAUAGCUCAGCUAAAGUCAUUAUAUCAAUAUUUCGCAAAGUUGGCUUCACAGUUUCUGGAGUAUGGGCAAACACAAGAGAAAAGGCCAAGGAAUUGGCCUCGCUGAUUGGCAUACCGUUUUAUACGAGUAGAUUAGACGAACUUCUUCUCCAUAAUGAUGUAGAUAUUGUUUGUGUUUGUGGAUCACCACAUCAGUUUGCUGAAGUGGCUGUAAAAGCACUCUCCAUUGGUAAACAUGUAUUUUGUUCAGCGCCUGCAGGGUUGAAUCUUCGGGAUGCUGAGAAAAUGGUCAGUGCAGCUGAAUACUAUCCACAGUUACUUUCAUUGUUGAGCCACCCAUUGAGAUUUGUGAAAAGCUUCAUACAAGCAAGAAAAUAUGUGGCAGAGGGGUACUGUGGUGACUUGCUUGUCUGUGAAUGCACAUUGCACACCAACAACAUAGUUGGUAAUAAAUACGACUGGCACUGUGAUCAGUCAAUGGGUGGUGGCAUAUUGCACCUCUACGGUUGUCACAUAAUUGACAUCUUAUCAUUUAUCAUAGGUGAACGUGCUGCUGAAGCACAAGGCUAUCUGCAAACAUUUGUGAAACAUACAAAAUCAAUGCCCACCUUCCGUCAAAUCACAAGUGAUGAUUUCUGCUCAUUUCAUCUCAGGUACCCUAGUGGAGCCCAUGCCAAUGUUAUAUUAAAUUCCCAUUUGCCACAAGACUUCAAUCAAGAAAUUCUAAUUGUAGGCACAAAAGGCUAUUUAAAAGUAUCUAAUGGACAUUUGUAUGGAAAAACAAAUGAAAAUGACUCCAAAGAAGUUGUAUUUACAAACCCAAAUGAUCCAGUUAAACUAGAGCUUCUGGAUGUUGACUAUAUGUUACCAGAGAUUUACUUGCAAGGACUUGUCUCAUUGGUUGAGGGAAUAAAAAAUGCUUUCCAGAGUACCCAGAAUGCAGACAGAAGAAAUGCAGACCACAAUCAGAUAGCUGCUGCUGCUAAUUUUGCAGAUGGAUGUUAUGUGCGAGCUGUGAUGGAUGCAGUUAUCACGUCAGAUAAGGAUGGGCACUGGGUCAGAGUAUACCCUCAAUGUAGAGACAAAGAUGAAGACUCUUUUUGGUCACAUUCUGAAACAAAGCAGAGGAAUCCUAUCCAGAAAAACAUUUUGAAUCCUAAUCCAGGUGUAGUAAAGGGAUCCCCUAUUACUACAAAACGGGAGAAAGUUAAAUGAAAAUCUGCUCAGUAACUACAUUUUAUUAAAAUUUGCACAUAAGUUAUCUUAACAUGAAAUGGCCAAUCUCUUUAAUAA